AUGAUCGGCAUCGCUACCACUGCGAUCCCUUCACUAUUCUAUAACGACAUCAAUUUUGACGUACGGGAAGGAGUUCAGCAACCCAAUACUAUUUUGCCAAAAUUACUUGCUGGAACUCUCAAGAACGUCAAGCAAAAACUGGAAUGGUACAACAUUGGAGUGAAAAUCGAUGUCGACAAUUACAGCACUACGGUUUUGCUGAUGAAUAUUCAUCCGAACAUCCAACCUGAGGCAGCAACUGGCAAUCAGAAACGUCGCUCUGCUCGCCAAAAUGUCGGAAAUCUGCUGUGUUGUUGGAAACGUGAUGUGUCGUAA